AGCGGUAUUGCUAUUUGAUUAAUCUCAUGCUCUAAAUUUUUAAAACUGUACACAUGUUCUCAUGCAACUGUCAAAGUUGAAGAGGAAAUAUCAGAAGAAAAUCAAGACAUGCAGCUUGUUCAUUUUGAUUUCAAUCGUACUCUUUUUGAACUGCAUGACGACUACUAUGUGCUCAAAGCAAUGGAAUUUUGUGAUAGACCUCGGAGAGAUAUUGCUACACUCAAUGUUACGGAAGGAGGGGAAGGUUCUAGCUUGUCAGGCUUGCAUCAGUUGCAGGUUCCUCCUUCAGUUUCAAGCGUGUCAAUUAGGCCUCUGGCAUCACCUCCACUUCCUGGAAUACUUAAGCUAACUGGACAUCAUUACAACCAUCAUUACAACAAUGAUACAAAAUGUUAUGUGGAAAUUGAUAGUCUUGCUAAGGUGAAUGACACACAGUUUCCCUCAGAGAAUUCUGAAUACGUUUCAACUGCUGCAACUGUUGCUUCAUUAUCCGACUUAUCACAAUUUAGCAACAGAAAUGUGACAAGAAAGCUUACCCCUAUUUCACCUGGUAGAUAUGUUCUAAAGCGUCCUAGAAAUUUGCAUUGUGGUGACCUAAACAAAGCAACCGUAACCGGGUCAAAUGAGAAUCAAAGCUUUUAUCUAGAGUGUGACGAGAAUGGUGAAGAUUGUGACGUUCCUGACAAUGAUUUGGAUCCAAAUGUGGAAAUUGAUGGUCUUCCUAAGGUGAAUGACACACAGUUUCCCUUAGAGAAUUCUGAAUACGUUUCAGCUGCUGCAACGGGUGCAACUGUUGUUACCUCACAAUACUGGGACAUUGGAGAACCAACAUGCAUUUGUGAGCACUGCGGUGCAAUGAUGUGGUAUGAAGAAAGAGUACAAAAGCAAUAUAGAUCAACAACUCCAACGUUUGCUAUGUGUUGCUCCCAUGGGAGGAUUACGAUUCCUCAUUACCUCCCUCUUCCGCAACCAUUGAAUGAUUUAUUUCACAAACAUGACAAGAGAAGCAAAUAUUUUUUGGAUAACAUCAGAUCAUUCAAUAGUAUGUUUGCUUUCACAUCUAUGGGUGGGAAAGUGAAUAAAUCAAUAAAUGAUGGAAAUGCUCCUCCAACUUUUGUCAUGAAUGGAGAGAACUAUCAUCAGAUCGGAAGUUUGCUUCCACUUCCAGGAAUUCAGCCCAAGUUUGCUCAAUUAUAUAUUUAUGACACUGAAAAUGAAAUAAGUAACAGAAUGUCAGUUGUAAGGAUGAAAGACAAUAACUCUUCAUUGAAAGCAACAAUCGUUGAUGAUAUAAUGAAAGUUCUUGAUAAUCAUAAUCCAUACGCCCAAACAUACCGGAUGAUUCGAGACAAAAUGAGUGAAAAUGAUGUUCCAAUACUGAAGUUGAGAAUAUUAGCCAAGAGAGGAUGUGAUGGUAGGAGGUACAAUCUUCCAACAACAUCUGAAGUUGCAGCUUUAAUUGUUGGUGAUUUUGAUGCAGCUGACUUUGAGAGAGAUAUAAUUGUGGAGACUCAAUCAGGUUCGUUGAAACGUGUCUCAGUAUUUGAACCUUCAUAUUUGCCAUUACAAUAUCCCGUGCUCUUUCCUCGAGGAGAAGAUGGAUAUAGGAAUGACAUCCAGUUGAAUGAUGAUUCAAACGCACCUACUAUAAAAAGAAAAACAAUUACUCUUAGAGAGUGGUUUGCUUAUAGGAUCCAACAGAGGAUUAUUGAACAAUCAACUUUAUUGUUUUCUAGGCGUUUAUUCCAUCAGUUUUUGGUGGAUGCUUAUAGUAUGAUUGAGUCUUCCCGGUUGAAAUGGGUUAGAACUCAUCAAAAAGAUUUGAGAGUUGAGAUGUACAAGGGUCUUACAGAGGCAAUUCUAAGAGGGGAGAUUACUCCAUCAACGGUUGGCAAGAGAAUUGUGCCGCCAUCAUCUUUUGUCGGAGGAGCACGCUAUAUGUUUCAAAACUACCAAGAUGCUAUGACAAUAUGUGGAUGGGCUGGAUAUCCCGAUUUAUUCAUCACUUUUACUUGCAAUCAUAAGUGGCCAGAAUUGUGUGGAUUUUUGAGCAAAUACAAACUAAAGUCAGAAGACCGACCAGAUUUAGUUUGCAGACUCUUCAAAAUCAAACUUGAUCAUUUGAUAAAGAAAGGAGAAAUUUUUGGCAAAGUUAAAGCAGUAAUAUACACAAUUGAAUUUCAAAAGCGCGGACUACCACAUGCUCACAUACUAAUAUUUUUAUUACACCCUGGCAGUAAGUAUGUACAUCCUCAUGAUAUAGACAAAAUAAUAUGCGCUGAGAUUCCAGAUAAAGAUAGUGAUCCUGAACUAUUUAAUAUAGUGUCUUCACUUAUGAUUCAUGGUCCAUGUGGUGAUCAAAAUAGAAAAUCUCCAUGCAUGCAAAAUGGUAAAUGUACCAAAUAUUUUCCAAAGAGGUUUGUUGACAACACAAUUAUCGAUGCAGAUGGAUAUCCGGUAUACAGAAGGCGAGAUAAUGGCGUGUUUAUUAGAAAGGGCGAGUCUUUGGUUGAUAACAAAUUUGUGGUACCAUACAAUAGACAUCUGUUGUUGAAGUACAAUUCUCAUAUUAAUGUUGAAUGGUGUAACCAGUCUCGAUCUUUAAAGUACUUGUUUAAAUUUGUCAACAAAGGGCAUGAUCGCGUCACUGCAAGCUUCUAUAACAAUGCACGUGCUAACAAUGAUUCUAAAUGUGAUGAUGAAAUAAAGAUUUAUUAUGACUGUAGAUAUUUGUCAUCUUGCGAAGCAGCUUGGAGAAUUUUUUCUUUUGACAUUAACUACAGAAAACCUUCAGUGGAGAGGCUAACCUUCCAUUUGCCAGAUGAACAGCCGGUUGUUUUUGAUGAUGUUGAUCCAAUUAAUGAGGUUGUAAAUAAACCAUUUAUUCAUAAUACCAAGUUUCUAGCAUGGAUGGAUGCAAAUAAGAAGUAUGAGGAAGCUAAGAAUCUUACUUACAGUCAAUUUCCUCUGAAGUUUAUUUGGAAUGAUUCUGAGCGACAAUGGUACCCCCGAAAACAAGGUCAUACAAUUGGAAGACUUCAUUUUGUACCACCUGGAAUUGGUGAGAUCGAUGUAUUAUCUUAGGACUUUGAUUAAUUAUGUUAAAGGACCUCAAUCUUUUGCUGAAAUAAGGACAGUGAACAAUGUUCAUUAUCCGACAUUCAAGGAGGCUUGCUAUGCGAUGGGUUUGUUAGACGAGGACAAAGAAUUCAUAGAUGUCAUUAUGGAGACAAGCCAUUGGAGCACAGGAAGUAGUUUACGGAAGCUAUUUGCAAUUUUGUUGUUGUCAAAUCAGAUAUCUAGACCUGAAUUUGUUUGGAACAAGACUUGGGAGUAUUUGACUAAUGACAUAUUGGACAUGCAAAAAGUGCUUCUUCAAUUCCAAGAUUUGGUUUUAUCUCCAACAGAGCUGAAAAGCUUUGCAUUGUCAGAUAUCGAGACAUUGCUACAAAGCAGUAGCAAGAGUAUAUCAGACUCUCCUACAAUGCCUCAACCAGACAUGUCAUUGAUUACUGAAAGACAAAAUAGGCUCAUAUAUGAUGAGCUAAACUAUGACAGACAAUCUUUAGCCAAAGAAUAUACUCAAUUGAUGUCAACCAUGACUUCAGAACAAAGGAAAAUAUAUGACAAGAUAAUGACACGGGUCAUUGAAAAUAAACCCGGAUUAUUUUUUCUUCAUGGCUACGGGGGCACAGGAAAGACUUAUAUUUGGAGGGCUAUGUCAGCUGCAUUACGCUCAAAAGGAGAUAUUGUUCUAACAGUUGCAUCCAGUGGAAUAGCUGCUUUGUUGAUUCCUGGAGGAAGAACUGCACAUUCAAGGUUUUCCAUUCCUAUACAUGUUGAUGAAAACUCAACCUGCAAUAUUACGUAAGGAAGCCCCUUAGCUGAAUUAAUAGUCAAGGCAAAACUCAUCAUUUGGGAUGAGGCUCCAAUGACCCAUAAACAUUGUUUUGAAGCAGUUGAUAGAACCUUCAGGGAUAUCCUUCGAUUCUGUAAUAGUAGAAACUUAAAUCUUCCUUUUGGUGGAAAAGUUGUAGUCUUGGGAGGAGAUUUUCGACAAAUUUUGCCGGUUAUUCCAAAAGGGACAAGACAAAAAGUAGUUCAUGCUACAAUCACCUCUUCAUAUCUUUGGGAUUUUUGUGAAGUGAUGACAUUACAUACAAAUAUGAGGCUACUAACUGGUAGUUUAGAUUCAGAUGUCAAGCAAAGAAAGGAUUUCUCUGAUUGGGUCUUAGGAAUUGGUGAUGGCAGUGUUGGGGAAAACGACGAUGAUGUGGAUAUAAGUGUCCAAAUUCCUGAUGAUUUUCUUAUAAAAAGCUCAGGUGACUCGCUUGCAUCUAUUGUUUGUAGCACAUAUCCAUCAUUCUUAGAUAAUAUGAAUGAUCUAUCAUUUUUUAAAGAUAGGGCUAUAUUAGCUCCUAAGAAUGAUGAUGUUGACAAGAUCAAUGAUUACAUGUUGUCAUUAAUUCCUGGCGAUCAGAAAACAUAUCUAAGUUUUGAUGCUCCAUACUCACUCAAUACAGAUAUUGAUAAUCCAGAUGAUGUGCACACUACAGAAUUUCUAAACACAAUUACUGCUUUGGGACUUCCAAAUCAUAUAGUGAAACUAAAAGUUGGAGUGCCAGUAAUGUUGUUGAGAAACAUAGAUCAUUCUUCAGGAUUAUGCAAUGGAACUCGGCUGAUCAUUACAAAGAUGGGAAAAUAUGUUCUCGAAGGAAAAGUGAUAUCAGGAAGCAAUAUUGGCCACAAGGUUUAUAUACCUAGAUUAUCAUUGACACCUGAUGAUAUUAGAAUUCCUUUCAAAUUCCAAAGGAGGCAAUUUCCUUUGACUGUUUCAUUUGCAAUGACUAUUAAUAAAAGUCAAGGGCAAUCGUUAAAGCAUGUAGGGUUGUAUCUUUCUCGUUCAGUUUUCUCACAUGGUCAACUAUAAGUGGCGUUUUCAAGGGUUACCUCGAGAAAGGGUUUGAAAAUAUUGGUAAUUGAUGAUGAAAGUCAAGAUACAAAUAUUGUAAAUGUUUUGUAAAUGUUGUUUAUAAAGAAAUAUUUCAAAAGUUAUAUUAAUUGGUAAGCUUAGAUUUUAUUUUUUUUUUAAUUUUGUUAAUUGUACUACAUAUUUUGUAAAUAUAUUACCAUUGUCAUCUACUCUAAAGUUACUAAUUGAUGAUAAUGUUUAAAUGUUUGCUGUAAGUAUGGAUCUAAUUGGGUUUCU